CCAAGCACAACAAGCAGCACAAGAAUGGCGGCGGCUGCUAGCGGUGGACCCGCUGUGAAUGCCGCACUGGCGCAAUCGCCUCCCGCUACGUCUCCAAUGACCGCUCAGGCACCGCCCCUGGUCGAACCGGGCGGUGGCUGCGACAAGCUGGACCUCUCCACGGUGCUGAUGACCGGACCACCGCUGCCUGUCCGAGCCGCCAUGGAGCUGGCCAGCCCGCCGGCCUCUGAUGAUGACAACCCGGCGUUCAACGCCUUCAACUACUGGAAGACCCCGUUCCCUGACGUCAGCGUCGACGUCAUUAUGGAGUAACGAGAGAGGAGCGAAGAAAGAGGCAGACCACCCGCCAGUCCACUUCACUUUCCCGUUACUUGAUGAUUUCCAGUUCAGUCAUUUUCUUUGCGUCACCAAUGUACCUACUUUAAGUGCGCCCCAGUGUUGUUUAGUUCUCAUUAUUGCCCACCAUCAGUCACCACCCCUCCUCCGUUUCGACAGACGACACCCAAUGCUCUUAGCAUACAAAGUGACCCGCGUUAUUAUAAACACACAGAAGAUUUGUCACCUAAGUUUCGUUGCAGUAGUCACCACAGUUGGUACAGUAGAUCGAUUUCGUCAUUUGUUUGAAUGGGAGAAGGAGGAAUGUCAAAGCCACGCAGAUCUCGCAUAGCUGGUGGAGGACAUUAACAAAGAAAAAAAAAUGCUCUGGAAUGAUACGUGGCUAUGAGUGUAAGCGCUGCGUCGGCGAAUCACAUGUAUGUUUCCUGUGCAUUUGUGAUUUUUUUUUCCUUUGUGCCGGAUUUCUUUGAAAGCUUAAGCUUAGCGCAAGCGUGUGCUGAACGUCAUAUCCGGCAACGUAGGUCAACAGAGCCCUCGUUGAGAUUCAAGCGUUUUUGGAGACACGAGGACUGUGGUCAAAGCACAGCACGUUAUAGAAACAUGCUACUUCUGUCCCACAAGUAGACUCGAACUAUGCAUACGUCAUACUAAUGGCAUUGCCUGGGCAUCGAUUAAGCAUCUGCGGAAACGGCCUAGAAUACUGCUAGUGCAAGACGCGUGUGUUUUGUUUAACACGGCGCCUCAAAACGUUUCACGACCGCUUGUUCUGUGGUCCACGCCUUCACCGAAACUUCUGUGAUGUUUCACGUCGCUCUAGCGGACCUUUUUCCGUUUUCCUUUUUUUUUUAUCUCGUACUCAUCCUUUUUUGGCAUUAUCUUCGCAAAUGCCGUGUAUUUGUUCAUCUGCACAUUCAUCGUCUGGCCAGUGUCGUGCUGUGUGUCGGAUAGUCUCGCUUCGUUUUGAAAGGUAGAGCCACCUUGUGGAAUACACAAGAGAGCACAACGGCCGCGCACGGGCACAAAAUCUGCCCCAUAUAUUCACCUAGGUUGAGGGGGGUUGCGAAGAACUGUUUCAACCCGCCUUCUUCCCGACAGUUGUAGUAAUCUCUUCAGUUUGUACCCUUUGUUUAUACCGUUCUGUUCCUGCAUCGUUGCAUGAAACUUGCAGCAAGCUAUAUGAUUCAAUUAAUAGAAAGCAGAGCUCAUUUGUACACGCUGUGGGACUGGUAACGUCUCUUUAGGUUCAAAAAUUUUUAUCUUGUAUUCAAACCCGUCAGGUUUGAAGGCAUCCAUCGAUUGGCGUCCGUUUAUUGCUGGCGCAGGACAUCUAGAAAGGUGAUGACAUUAAGAAAGUAGCUUCGCGGUUACCAGUCUUAUUGGAUGAUAUAGCAGCUGUGACAAUGUUGCCGUGCUAUAGGCAUAAUUCUUAAUAAAGAACAAAACUAUGGCUUUGCUGUUUCCGUAAGGUGUGAUAAAACGCAGCGCAGUGCAACGAACGUUUCGAGAAUGUAUUACGCGUGUGUGAACCAUUCGGGCGCGAGUGCAUGGCCGUCGGUUUGCUUAUUCGAGUGCGAUACGUGUUUUGGGGUUGAACAUACCCAUAGCUGCUGGCUUCCGAGAAGCGAAUAGCUGCCGCUGGUCGCAAGCUUGUUCUAGAAGCUUAUGCCCCCGCUGUUCAUUUCGCGCGUUUUUUUUUUUUUGUGUGUGUGUUCUUUGUGUGUACAUAUGUCUGGCGGUCGCCUUUGUCCGUUUAACGAGUUGUGUUUCUUUGACAAAUGGAAUAAAUAUAUUCUUUUGUGGUGUUCA